AUGGCCAGCCAAGGCUUCCCCGUGCAGGGCGCUCCCCUAGCUCCAGUCGCGGCACCUGAGAGCAACGAACAGGCACAACCAAUCCAUAGUGUUAUGAACACCCCCCAGACAGACAGUGAGCCUGUCGCCGCCGAGAACGCAAAGGCUGCGGCAAACGUUGAUAACCCAGAAGCCUCUAAGCCCCCAGCGGAUACUCAGCCGCCUGUCAUUACAGAUCACCCUCUCGGUGUUGGUGCAGCCUCAGAAGCCCAAGCUCCAGUGGAAGCAACUGGUGCGCUCACAACAGAGCAAAAGAAGGAAAAUUCAGAACAAGAAGAGUCAAAGCCCACGUCAGAGCCGAAUAUCGGUGAGAAGCGCGACAUUGACUCGAUUACGGCUCCUAUCUCCGAGGAUAAGGAUAAACCUACCAUUGAAAAACCGGAUGAGUCCAAAACUAAAAAGCAAAAGACGGAACCAGAGCCUGUCACGGAACUCGCUCAGGAAACUGCCAAGGGUACGAAUGGUACCGCACCUGCCCCGGCCCCUGGUGAUACCAAUCGAGAGCCGAAGAAGGCCGCACCCCCGAAGAAGGGGAAGGUAAAGGAUGCCGUGAAGGAGGCCAUUCCGACCGGUGGUAUCGGCAGUCGGACUCGCAGCCGAACCAAACCGACUUGA